GUAAUUCUCGCGAGGUUACGUAACAGCAAGGCAGAGAAAAUGGAAGGCUGUGGCUUUAAAACGAGUCCUUUAUUGACUGGAAACUAAAAUAUUUGCAUGCAAGGUGCAGAAACAAGUGGAAUGACAGUUAAAACAUCCUGAAAACUGGGCUCUGGCAGCCUUGUUACCUAUGGAUGUCACAAUGGACCCAAUGGAAAAUAACAGUAUCACUGAUGAUAAUUCAGAGGAACAGCAGAACACAUCAGAUGGGUCGAUUGCUAGGCCGUCCCUGUCUGAGGUCAAGAAAUCCUGGGGCUUCAGGCGGACAACCAUUGCAAGAAGGGAGUUCUUGGAUGAAGUGGGAGAGUUCGCUCACAGUUCUCCACCUUUACGCAAAACCAGAGGUCGUCGUAGUAUUCACACACCCCAGGCCUCUUCAGAAACCUGCGACACCCAGAAAGCUACUCACUCAACCAGGAGUGUUAUAGAUGACCUUGAGUGGUCUGCCCCAUCCUCGCCUGUAUCAGAGGAGAGCAAGCCAGCUUCAGAAGCAGGAGGGAGCCUUGACCCAAGCUUAUGGCAAGAUUUUGGGUCUGCCUUCCAUACUGCCUUCUCCCUGCUCGGCGGCGGAGAGGGCUUGUCAAUGGAAAUGUCAGAUUCACUUACAGUCCCUGACAUUUUGGAAGACACUAAAGCCGUUGAGUCCCCCCCUCAACAGGCUGCAGAUGAAACUGAGGAACCUGAUAAUAUGGAGCCUGCUGAUGACAUGGAGAUUUCCCAGUCUGUUUCUCCUGACAAUGUGGCAGGAGGGGAAAUGGAUAAUGUGGUGUUGAUCGCUGAUCAAGAUGAGGACAGUGAUGAAAUGACUCUUAUACAGAUUAAGGAGCAACUGGCAAAUGAAGGCAGGCAGGGAGAAAUGAAAGCUAGAGGGGGGAAAGGUGGAAGAGGAAGGGCCAGAGGAAAGGGCAGAGGCAGAGGAAGAGGUAGGGGCAGAGGUAGAGGAAGGGGCAGAGGUAGGGGCAGGGUAGUAGAGCUUCAGGUAAGCAUUGCAGAUGAUGAAGACAACGAUGAGGACGUGAUAAUUGUUAAUCCAACUGAACAGCAGCAGCAAGAUGAAGAUAGGGUAAAUGAUAAACAGGGCUUUGCUGAAACAGACAUAUCACCUGCUCACACUGAUCUAAGUCUUAGCCCUGCUCAGCGAUCAGGCUCAGACUGCAUAAUUCUAGACUCUGAUUUAGACCCUACUGCUGAUGUAAUCCCUGGCCAGUAUGACGAUGCACCUGAGGAGGAGAAGAAAGGAGAUAAGAAUGUAGGAGAGCCCUCAAGCAUAUCAGGCCGUAAGGGUUAUGACUCCAAUGCUGUCUACUGCAUCUGUCGACAAAAACACAAUGAAAGGUUCAUGAUCUGCUGUGACAGUUGCCAGGAGUGGUUCCAUGGCAGCUGUGUUGGUAUCAGUGCAACACAGGGCCGUUUAAUGGAAAAUAGAGGGCAAGAAUACAUCUGCCCCCCCUGCACUGUAAAAAAGCAGAGCCAAGUCCAAGCUGAGCCUCACCCUCAACCUCAGCCAGAACUUAGCUUUCCCGAAUGUUUUACUCAAAGUCCCUCUGGUGAUGAACAUGAGGAGGGGCAUGAGGAGGGGCAUGAGCAGCAGCGAGCCCUCAAGGAGACUGUAGUCGUGGUGGAGAAGGAAGACGAGAAAGAGGCCCCUGUGAUGAGACCAGAGCCUGAAUCUGAAGCAGAGAUGGAUGGGUCUUUUCCCCUGUGCAUCGGGCCGGGGUGCUCCAAACAAGCCCUACCAGACUCUGUUUACUGUGGCACUGAUUGCAUCCUUCAGCACGCUGCCUUCACUAUGAAGACUCUGUCCGGUCCUAAGGAGCCCAAGCCCAAAGGACGGCCGCAGAGAAAAGCUGCCACCACCAGACUCGCUACAAAGGGUCAAAAGCUGGGUAGACUGUCUAAGAGAUUAGCAGGCAAAGCUGAGGAGGAAGGUGAAGAAGUGGAGCUGAAGGAAGAAGAUGGAGGGCAGAAGGACUCAUCAUCUCCCACAGUCUGCGACCCCAGUCUCACAGAAGCUGAGGCCACUUCCAUACGAUCAUCUAAGUUUUACACAGCGUCUAAAACAGACAGUAAACCGGUCGAGGCUGACAUUGAGGAUGUAACUCCAUUAGAACAGUCUUCAGAGGACACCUCUACAGAUGCAGCUCCUUCUUCCCAGCCUGUUGCUGAGCCAGCCACACCAUUGAGCCACACUCAAGAAAAACCAAAGGAGCCAAUUAACAGUGGUGAUGUGUCUAAGCAGGAAUGUGCAGAAUCAAAUCCCUGUAUACCACCCAACCCAGCAAAAUCUAGUCCGUCUCCAGCAGCACAGUCCCCAUCCACCUCAACUCCCAGACAUCAUGAAACAGGGGCCCUAAUAGUCACUAAAACCACAUAUGUCAUACCAAAGAAGCAGUCUGUAUCCCAGCCAUCUUCCAGCCACGUGUCAGCCUCGGCAACUUGCCAGAGGCCUUCAUCAGCCCCGACACUGCUGAACGAAACCAGAAAUCUGCCGGUGCCACCUGCACCAAGUGCUCCAUCCUCCAGACCCUCUCAGCCCAAUAACCAGGUCAGACAGAGCAUCCAGCGCUCCCUCACAAGCAUCCUGUUUAAAAGGGUGUGUGACUGUGAGGAUUUGGAGAUGACUGAGAGUGAAGUUGCAAAGUUUGUUGCAAACAUUGAGAUGGAGAUGUUUGACAUAUUUCGCAACACAGACAGCAAAUACAUGAACAAGUACAGAACAAUAAUGUUCAACCUGAAAGACCCAAGAAACAAGGGCUUUUUGUAUCGUGUUGUACGUGGUGAGAUCAGUCCCUUCAGACUGGUCAGGAUGAGCCAGAAAGAUAUGCAGGCUAUCAAGGCAUCAGAGCCCAGUGCAAAAGACACAACCCAGGUCAAAAAUGCACCCACAAGUCUGCUGCAGAAGCCUGAAGCAGUGAAAGUUGAUUUGCCCAGUUUAAAUCCCGCUAGACCAGAUAUAAGCAAGGAACAGAAAAAGGGUCCUUCUGUUUCUGCUCCUUCUCCUGCUCCUUCCCCUGCUGCUGCUGCUCCUGCACCUGCCCCUCCCCCUGCUCGGGCUCCCAGGACUAGAACAGGCCAGCCAAUCCAGAGCAAGGCUGUACCAGAUAUCCUCGCCUGUAUGCUGAAGGAUACAACAUCAGAGCACAAAUCUCAUCUCUUUGACUUAAAAUGCAAGAUAUGCACAGGCCAAACAUUUGCUGGGGACGAGGAGGAACCCAUAAAGAAAAGGCCCAAGGUUUCUGAAACAAAAGAUAAAUAUGAACCUGCUUGGAGAAAGUCUGCAGGAGAUGAUUCCCCUCUGCGAGCACCACCUGACUCACCAGACAUGGAUUCUCCAACAUCAUCCCUAAUGGAUCCUUCAUCCCGCCUUAUCAUUGACUCCCCAGUAUUGACAAUAGUAGAAUCUCCUGCUUCCCCCACAAUGGAUUCUCCAGCCUCCCCUACUUUAGAGUCACCUACUUCCCCUGUCAUGGAGUCCCCUGCAUCCCCAACUCCAGAAACUUCUAAAGCUUCUACAAAAAACAGAGCAUAUUCGCCAGUUGUGAUUCCAGCAGUCUCCACAGUUACCAUCACAAGGCGUGACCCCCGCACUGCGGCAAGCAGGUUCUCUGCUUCAUCUAGUGGUACCCCUGGUCCUAGUAACACAUCCCAUAACCAUUCAGUCCCCUAUGCUCCCCUGAAAGAGACCAGAUCAGCCAUACGUUCAGCACCAGCUUCUGCACCACCACCACCAACAAAAACAAUACCUAAAUCCAUCUUAAUGAAGCCAACUUCCUCUGCAGAUCCCAGACUCUAUGGCACAUCAAGGGCCGUGAUGUCUGAAUCGCCAGCUGAUGACGAGACUACUAAUUUCUUGACUAAGCAAGACAUAGUGUGGAAAGGCUUCCUUAACAUGCACAGUGUCUCCAAGUUUGUCACCAAAGGAUAUCUGGUUUCAGGACCUACUGAAAAUCUAAAAGCGGAUCUACCUGAUACAAUACAAAUUGGAGGACGAAUCAUGCCUGAAACAGUGUGGGACUAUGUUGCAAAACUGAAGACCUCUGUUACAAAGGAGUUAUGUGUGAUCCGAUUUCACCCCGCAACAGAAGAGGAAGAAGUGGCCUACGUUUCCCUAUUUUCCUAUUUCAGUAGCAGAGGUCGUUUUGGUGUGGUUGCCAAUAGCAGCCGUUCUAUCAAGGAUUUAUACCUUGUCCCACUCAGUGCAAAGGAAUCGAUCCCAUCCAUACUACAACCUCUUGAAGGACCAGGGCUUGAAAAAAAACGGCCUAAUCUUCUUCUGGGUCUGGCAAUCGUUCAGAAGGUAAAACGUCCAGGAAGCUUAUCACAGGAAUUUGAAGAGAAGAGACCCAAGGUUCAUAUGUCCAAAGACCCUAUGUGGAUCCCAAAACCUCCAGUCCUCUAUGGUUCUGAUAAAUUGGAGAUGUUCCAACCCUAUGAUCCAGAGACUCCUGCAAACACCACUCCUCCCGGUUCACCAUCUUGUCCUGGGUCACCAUCAGAGUCUUCCUCUUCCGAUUCAGUUACAAUACCAUCUCUUUUGACUUCCGUCGGAGCAAAGCCUUUUUCUACCUCAGCCACUGUUGCCUCAACUCUUACCACCUCUAACAUAAUCUCUGACAUGAGUCCCUCAACAGAAUCCAGUGGGAAGACACCACUGCAAACAAUCUUAAAGAGUUUGUUUGGCACUAAGCAAACUGACUCCAUGGUCCUCUCUGACGGAAGUUCCACAACAACAACAAAAACAACAACAGCAGUUAGUGGUAAGAAGCGUCCAUUGUUUUCUCAAGUGUCUGGACCAAUGAUAGACCCAAUUGUCCAGCAGUAUGGACAGAAAUCCAAAAUCAAAGAAAUAAAAGAGGAGGAAAACGACUUUGACCGACCAUAUGAUCCAGAGGAGGAGUAUGAUCCAGCAAUGGGAUAUGGAAUGGUUAAUACACAGAACAUAGAAAAAACUAAGGCAAAUGGCCCUGCAGGAUCAGGCUUCGAAGAUGAUGAUGUGGCCUAUGAUCCAGAGGACGAGACUAUCUUUGAAGAUAUUCAAAGUGAUGUCGUAGUAAAGUCUGCUGGUCCAACUCAAAUGUCAGAUCCUCCAUCAUGCCCAACCCCAAUUUCCACCAAGAUUACAAUACCAGCACCCACAUGCUCUCCACCACAUACUUCUUCCCCAGCUGAAGUAACACAGAACCUUCCUACAGGAACUGUGGUAGUCUCUGCUGCAACACUAACUGAACAACAGCGGAUGCUUGAGGAGCUCAAUAAGCAAAUUGAGGAGCAAAAACGGCAGUUGAAGGAGCAGGAAGAGGCAUUGCGUCAACAGAGAGAGGCUGUUGGCAUGUUCAUGGCUCACUUUUCUGUUUCUGAUUCCCUGAUGUCCCCCCCACAAAAACCUGUGCCUGUCAGUCAACUGUCAUCUCUGCAGAGUGGUAUAAUGCAGACAGAGUCAAAGCCUUCAGACAUAACAGACAAGACCAGUAACCUCACAGAGAAUGUGGACAGUUCAAAUGUUGAUUCUCAAACUGCUAAGGUUGAAGAAACAACUGAUAUCUCUAAUUUAGAAACUACAGAUACUGUUACAGAGCAAGAUGAAACACAGAAGGGUGUUAAGGAAAGUGACAAGUAUUCCUCUGCUGGAGAGAUUGAAGAUUCUGAGGUAGAAUAUGAUCCUGAGGAUGAAUCACUUUUUAAUGAAAUUCAAGAGGAUGUAUUUCAAGUUGGCAGUACAAAGACUUGUGGAUCAUCUUUGUCUAGAACAGGGCAUAGUACCAGCCACAAGAGCUCUCCUAAGACGUCUCAUCACAGCAGAAAGCGAAGGCUGUCACCAAAGAGGCGGAGUCAUCGUGAAAGGGACCGCCAUAGGAGUCCCUCAAGAAAAUCACAGCGGCGUUCUCCUUCACAUUCCCAGAGACAUAGAGAAAGGGAUAGACACAGAAGAAGUGAAAGGGACAGAUCCAGACAUGGAGCUAGAGACCAGUCUGAACGGCAGAGUCGUCAUCGUAAAGAGCGUGCUAAUCGUCGACAUUCCCAUGGACAUAGAAGAUCCCCAUCAUCUCCUGGAAAAACAGAUUCUACAUCAAUUUCACCAAAAUGGCACAGACCUUCCCCUCAACUUAGUGAGAAACCACCAUUGUCAGUUACUGUUAAAAAUGACCCUGAUGGACAUGAGUUAAAAUGUAACCUUGUUGAGAGACCUGAUAAAGACUGUUCACCUUGUUCACAUGAACUUCUUCACAAUGUGAAGCUUGAGAUUUCAGAACCGCCAACUUCUGAGGAGGUUCAAAAGAAUUCAGUCAGUGUACAUGACAAAACAGCUACAGAUUUUUCUACACAGUUGGAUAAACCUUCUCAACAACAAACCAUGCUUAAAGACAAAGUUGAAAGCACAGUUCCUCUAAGAGAAAUUGAUCCACCUAUACGAGAUUCUCCUCAGAGCCCUGAUCCAGAGCCCCAGUUUAUGAAACCUAACACUAUAGAAAAGCUUGACUGUGUUAAGACUGAAGAAAUAAGAGAUCCCGAGGCAUGUACAACUGCUUCAGUGCCACUUGGUGAGGGUCCAAUAUCAAAUGUUAGAUAUUUGGACUUAAAAGCCCAACAUCUACAAGGUCCAGGUGUCACAGGCCAAGGUAUGAUAGAGGCAGGCCAACAGAUACAAGGGGAAAGUCUGGGACUGAAGCAUCCAGAAAUACUAGGCCAACUGGGAAGACAUUUCAGUCCAACCCCAGGUUUAAAUAUCCAGGGUUCAGGACCUGAAAUAGACCCUAUGACAAAGCUACCAGGAUCUGGUGUGAGUGGUCCAAAUAUUAGGAUUCCAGGACCAGAUAUGAAGGCACUUGGACAAUGCGGACCACAGAUAGAUCUAAGAGAAACAGGAGAUAGAUUCCCAGGGCCUGAAAUGAGAGGUCCAGGCACAAGCCCUAGUAUUUGGGUUCCUGGACUACACAUACAAGGCCUAGCCAUGAGUGGUCAAGAUAAAUAUAUGAUGGAACCAGGGACAGGGAUGCAGAGUUCAGAGACCAAUAUGGGUGAAGCAGGUAUUCAACAUCACAAUCCUGAUAGAAAUGAUUCAGGGCCCAUCAUGAAAGGCUUUGGUUUGAGGAGUUCAGCGCAACAUAUGGAAAGCUCUAGUAUGAAAGGUGUAAACCCAGAAGUAAAAGGCACAAGCUCCGAUGUGAGAAGCUGUGAAGCAGUAAUGAGAGGCCAGAUGCUUUUACCAGAUGUUCCAAACAUACAUAUGGGAGGAACAUGUCUACUGAAUGAAAGUAGAGAUAAAAUCAUGAAGGGGCCUUUUUUGGAUAGACCUAGUCAUGACAUAAGGGACUUAGGCUUAAAGGAGCCUUUAUUAGGUUUGGAGAAUCCAAGUCCAUCUUUCAGAGGAAGAGUUCAUAAACAAUCAAGUCAUGAUAGCUGUCCGGUUAUAGAGGAUAGGGGCCCUUCUAAAAGGGGCGUUCAGCCACAUGGAAGAGAAGCAGACUUGAGCAGAGCGGGUGGUGGUCGAGAAAAAAGUUUAGAUCCACAUACCCCUGCAGGUUCAGAGGGUACACUUCUGAUAGCAGAUAGACUGUCCCCGGCAAUGACAGAUAACCGGCAUGGCCCACAAAUAAUAAUGGGUAUGGUCAAUAAAGGGCAUUGCCAAGAUAUGGAUGGGAUGAGAGGCUCAGAUGCAAGGGGUAAUAGAAGUGAAUCACAUGCAAGGAGAUCAGGCAGAGACAUUUUAGAAACAGGUCCAAAUUGGAGAGAUGCAGACAUGCAAGAAAGAACCAUACAGGGUCUACGGCUAGAGAGGAGAAAUGAACAAAUGGGUCAAGAUGUCAGAGAUCCCACUCCAAACUCAACAAACUCUGAUUGGGGAGGUCGAGGGCCAGGUUUUCUUGGUCCUGAGAUAAGGGGGCAGGGUCCACAAAUGAGGGAUUCAGAUUGGAGUGUCCCAGGAUCAGACAUACAGCAUCAUUGGAGAGGUCCAGACUGGGUAGAAUUAAGUCCUGUCAGUGGAGGGCCUUUUUGUCAAAAUGAAUGGAGAGACAAUCAACCCAAUAGGGCCAUUUCAAAUGUGGAGGACCUGAGGCAUGAGAUAGGAGGACCAGGUGGUCUGACUUUCAUGGCACCAGGACCUGAAAGGAGAGGGCCUGAUAUUGAUGUCUCAGUGCAUAACAGGAGAGGAUCAGGUGGUCCAGAUUUCAUGGGACCCGGACUUGAGAGGACACCAGUGCCUGAGGGAAGAGGUUCAAAUAAUGACAAUUCUGGACCUGACCUGAGAGGACCAGGGGGUCCAGAGUUUGUAGGACCAGGUUUUGAAAGACGAAGUCUACCUAUGGAGGGUCCGGGGCCUAACAGGGGAGGCUCAGCAGGUCCAGAUUUCAGCAGACCAUGGCCUGAAAGGAGAGGUCAUGAUAUAGGAGGUUUUGAGAAUGACAUGCAAGGACCUGGAGAUCCAAACUUCAGUGAACCAGGGAUUGAUAGGAGAGCUUUAUCCAUGCAGGGUCCGGGACAUGAAAGGAGAGGACCUUUAGGUCCUGAUUUCAGAGGUCCAGGACAUGAAAGGAGAGGACCACGAGGUCCAGAUUUCAGGAUACCAGGGCCCGAAAGCAGAGACUUGUCUAUGGAGGGUCCUGGGCCUGACAGGAGGGGAUCUGGAGGUCCUGAUAUCAGACGACAAGGGCCUGACAGGAUAAGUUUUUCUGUGGAACAUCCUGGGCCUGACAGAAGCAGACCUGGAGGUCCAGAUUUCAGAGGGCAAGGGCCCGACAGGAGAAAUGCAUCUACGGAGGGUCUUGGGCCUGCCUGGAGAGGACCUGGAGGUCCUGAUUUUAAAAGACCUGGACCUGACAGGAAUGGACCGGGAGGUGCAGAUUUUAGGGAACCGAUGCCAGAAAGCAGACACCUGUCUAUGGAGCACCCUGGGCCUGACAGGAGAAGUUUUCCUAUGGAGCACCCUGGGCCUGACAUAAGAAGACCUGGAGGUCCAGAUUUUAGAGGACCAGGGUCUGAUAGGAGACUCCCAGUUAUGGAGGCUCCAAGAGCUGACAAAAGAGGACCAGGAGGUCCAGAUUUCAGUGGACCAGGGCCUGACAGGAUAGGUCUUUCUAUAGUUGGUCAGGGACCUGACAGAAAAGUACUAGAACAUGAAAAGAGAGGUCCAGCUUUAGAGGCUCCAAGAUCUGAUAGAAGAGGACCGGGAGGCCCAAAUUUUAGUAGGCCAGGACAUGAAAGGAGAGGUCGCACCAUGGACAGUCAAGAGCCUGACAGGAGAGGACCAGGAGGUCCAGAUUUUCAUGGACAAAUAUCUGAAAGGAGAGGUCAGAUCAUGGAUGGACCAGGAUAUAACAAGAGAGGACAAGGAGGUCCAGACAUAGGAGAGCCUGGUUGUGAUUGGAGAGGUCCCCCUUUGCAGGGUCAGGGGCCUGACAGGAGAGGAUCAGGAGAUCCAAACACAGGUGGACUGGGUCCUGGCAAGAGAGAACCAUAUGUGAGGGGUCCUAGGCCUGAUUUCAAAGUACUGGGGCCUGAGCAAACUGGUCCAAAUAUGGAAGGGCCAGGGCCUCGCACUGGAGGACAUGGAGAACCACACUUAAGAGAUUUGGGGCCAGAAAUUGGACAUGCAAAUAUGGAGGGCCCAAGGCUAGACAGAAGAGGUUUAGAUAUCAGAGGGCAAAGACUGGAAAGACCAGAAUUUAGUAUUGAGGGUCUAGGGCCCAACAGGAGAGGUCCAGGAGGUCCAAACAUGAGGAGACCAGGCCUUCAGCAUCCAGGUCCGAAUGUUGAGGGCCCAGUGCCUGACAGGAGAGGUCCGGAGAGUCCGAGUUUCAGACGACCAGGGCCAGAUAGAAGACCUCCAGAUAUGGAGGGCCCAGAAUCUCAUAGAAGAGGUCCACACUGGGGGGGGUCUGACUUUGGAGGGUCCGAACCUAUCCAAGAAAUCCCAGAUAGAGAGGGUUCAGAACCUGAUAGAAUAGGUCGUAACUUGUGUCCAGGGUCUAUGAGGAGAACCGUGAGAGGACCAAACCCAGAUAUGACCACUUUCAAUCAGGGAGAGAGAUGGAAGGGGCCAGACUUCAGGGGCUCUUCUCCUGAUAGGAGAGGAACAGACACAGAACAACAAUGGUCAGAUGGAAGAGGGCUCAAUAUGGAGGGUAUAGGAAAUGAAAGAGAAUGUUCAGGAGAUAAUUGGAGAAGACAUGGCAGGGGGCGAGGGCCUGUCCGGGAUCACCCAGAUAUGGUAUGCCCAGUGCCCAGUAGGGAAGGAUCUGGAAAUGAAUGGAGAGAGCCUGAAAGAGGGGGUAAAGGGCCAAACAGAUGGGGGCCUGGUCAGUUUUUUAGAGGGGAAAGAGAUGUAGACAAUAGAGAACAAGGCCAUGAUAGAGAAGGUCUAGACAUAAGAGAACCAGGAUCAGAUUUGAGAGGGGGUCCAGAUAUUCGUUAUGACUCAGGGCAGCAUGACUUCAGGGGUAAUAUGAGAGGACCAAACACGGAAGGACAAGGACCUCAUAGGGGAGGCCGAGGUUUUAUGAAUUCAUGCCCUAACAGAAGAGGAUUUGAGAUUGAAGGUCUGGAUAGAAGACGCCCCAGAGGUCCAGAAUUAAGACACCAGGGUUUUCCAGGGACUGAUGGGAGGUUUUCAGAUUGUGAAGGGCUAGGAUCUGAAAGGCAAGGUGUAGACAUGGAAAGCCCUGGAACACUUAGACAAGGUUUUGAUGAUUUUAGGAGAGAAAGGAGAAGUUCAGACAUGAGAAGGCUACGGCCUAACAAACCCGACAUGAGGGGCUCAACACCUGAAAGCUUAAGACAUGGGCCAUUUGCUGAGGGCCCAGGGUUAGACUCAAGGGGAUCUGAGCCAUCAUCACCUCAUUUUAAUAGUCUUCAUCAGGUUGCAAGAUUCCAAGGUCCUAGUAAUCCACAUUCUGCACACUACAGUGGGCCUCCAGGUCCAGCUCAAAACAGUGGAGGCCCUGGCUUUGACGGCCCACAAAAUCAGCACGAAGUAAAACCCCAGAGACAUAGAGGUGCCUUGCUUCCUACUCCAACAGAAGGUCUCAUACGCUUCCCAAAUCGUGUGAUGAGCAAUCCUGGUGUCUUCAGCCCAAAACAAAAACAAGUGGGUCACUCAGUGGACAGGAAAUGGAGUAGAGGUAGAACAGUGAGUAGAGAAAGAGAAUUGGUCAAAGGGCAAAGACAGCAGCAGGAGAAAAGUCCUGCUGGUAAAAAAAGCACAUCUGUAGUUGCAUGCCCAGGGGGUGGAGAAGGAAUUAAAGAAGUGUGCAAUGAAGCUGAUAAACAAGGAGAAAGCCAACAGUGAUGGGAAAAAAAUAAUGUCAAGCCAAGUUAGACCCAUGGACCUCUUAGUACAGUAAGGCUGAUCUAUAAAAAUGCUUAGUAUCAGCACAUUGGACAGAGAUACAACAGCAUAACACACACUGAAUGUACUUUUUUUUUUUUUUUUCGAGGAAAGUGGCUGCCCGUGUUAUUUCAACAUGACCAACGUCAUGCAAAAGAUUAGACAUAGCUUGAUGUGUAAAUGCUCAGAGAUGUGAGUUUCUUUAUGCUCUAGUUUUGUUUUUGUUUUGUUUUUUGCUGUAUUAAAAGUAGAUUUGAUUAUUUUUAUUUGUUUAUGACUAAAUGCCUCUGAAGUUUAAGCGAUCACUUGUAAAUUUAACUACUCAAUGUUUUGUACAGAAAAUGUACAGUUUGUUUUUUGUUUUUUUUUAACAUAGCCAUGUUGUCAGUACAUUAGGCUUGAUCUGGCUUUUAUAUUCUUCUGUUGAUAAAACAAUGGCUUGUUUGAUUGUUCUAGAAUGCAAGAAGUCAAUAAAAAAAGACAUACCUUUUUAAAUUU